GAUUAGGUAGGGCUGUCCAUACCUUCGUUCACAGUUUUGGAAAGAACGGUUCAGGGGUAUUCAAAGAAAGAUGGCGACUCGAGUCCUUCAGAGCGUGGGGAAUGGCCUGAACCAGGCGCGAAUCGGGGGGCGAGCGAGCGGACAGGUCAUCGUGGCCGCCAGGAGCCUGUCCGCAUCUGAUAAUAGAAAUCGGGAAGACAGCUGGUUCAAGUCAUUGUUCGUCCGGAAGGUCGACCCGAGGAAGGAUGCACACUCCCACCUGCUCGCCAAGAAAGAAGAAAGUAACUUGUACAAAAUCCAGUUUCACAAUGUGAAGCCGGAAUGCCUGGAUGCCUACAACAAACUUUGUGAGGAUGUCCUCCCUGGGAUACACGCAGACCCACACUACCCCUGUGAGCUGGUAGGCACCUGGAACACCUGGUAUGGGGAGCAGGACCAGGCAGUUCAUCUGUGGCGGUAUCGGGGAGGUUAUCCAGCAUUGACGGAAGUCAUGAACAAGCUUCGGCAAAACAAGGAGUUCAUGGAGUACCGGAAUCAGAGGGGUCAGAUGCUGCUGUCCCGCCGGAACCAGCUCCUGCUGGAGUUCAGCUUCUGGAACGAACCAGUCCCCCGAGACGGGCCCAAUAUCUACGAGCUCCGCUCCUACCAGCUGAGGCCUGGGACCAUGAUUGAGUGGGGUAACUACUGGGCUCGGGCCAUCCGGUACCGCCAGCAUAACCAGGAGGCAGUGGGAGGGUUCUUCUCCCAGAUCGGGAGCCUGUACAUGGUGCACCAUCUCUGGGCUUACAAAGACCUGCAGUCGAGAGAGGACACAAGGAAUGCCGCCUGGCAGCACGAAGGUUGGGACGAGGUUGUAUAUUACACAGUGCCGCUCAUUCAGCACAUGGAGUCCAGGAUCAUGAUCCCGCUGAAGUCCUCGCCCCUGAAGUAGUGGAGCACCAGGCCGACUCUCCAGACAGAGCCAAUCAAUCCAGUGCACUGCACUGCCAGUGGUUCCAAGAUCCCUUAAAAUGAUUGCCAGCCACUGCUGAUUACUGAGUUUCUUAGUUGGUUUUGUUUUUGUUUGUUUUUUUUGGUUUUUUGUUAUGGUUCUUCUGGCUUUUUUUCUUUUUGUUCAAAACUCAAUUAAAACGUAUUUCUCAGCUGCUUAACCGACAAACCGCAAUCUCGUACUUGUAAAAAUUGCCGCCAAAACUGAGCUACCCUCGGGCUGUGCUCGGAGAUUUGGCACCACCCACCAGAAACGAUGACGUGGCAGCUUGGAUUAGUUUUACGGACACCUUUAUCAGCUGGUAACCCAGUGGUAAUCUUAGCCUUUGGGAGUCUUAUCUACAGGACACAUUAGCUACCCGACCGCAGAUCCAGAUCCAGAUCCAGAUGCAGUAUCAGGUUUUGGUCUUAUUUUCUUUAAGUGCUACUGCAUAGGCCAAAGCAGUAAAAGUUGUAAAAAAAAUAAUAAUAAAAAAAAUAAUUUUAUUUUUUAUUUUUUAAAGACUGUGGUAAGAGAAAACAUUCUUAUUACGCUUUACAUGAAAAGGCGAUUCGUUUAUUUAUUUAUUUAUAAACGGCGAUCGAACUGAACACCAGAUGGACACGAGGCUUGUUUGUUGUCGUUGACACUGUCGGUACAACGCUGAAUGCUGAUUGAGUCUGAACAGCGCCUCCUGGUGGUUGAAAGGCCGUAUUUAAAACAGAAGCCGUUAACCAUGACAUGGUUCUAAUGCGGCCGGGCACGUAUUUCAUUGGCUUUUAGGGGAAAUAAAUUGCUAGCACCCUCCUGGGCCUCAGGUUCUCAGCCAAAAUCUGUGAUAUUGACUCUUGCCCUUUGGAACGCCUGCUGGUAGCGGUUUAUACCUUAAAAUCCACAACCAAUUCAGACCCAGUAAACCAGGAGAAGUGUGUAACUAUAUAUUGGUAACACUUUAAAAUAAGGUUACAUGAAUUGGCAUGAGCUAAUGUAGAAGUUAACUAACUACUGAGACGGUAAUCUGUAUUGAUUUAUGUAUGUGCACAGCAUCACUACGUUAGCGCAUGCCAGUUCAUAUUGGAAUGGAAGAAAAAUAAAAAAAACUUAAUGUGUUAGCUAAUGGUAGGUUUAUCCUGUGGUUCGCUAAUGUAUAAAUAUUCAUGUGACCAUGUAAUUCAUGUUAAUAACUACAUUAGUUAAUGGCAAUUCAUGCACCUUAUUGUAAAGUGUCACCCUACAUUAUUUAAUCAAGAGCGGAAUUACAGAAGAAGUUUGUCCAAGCAUAUCUGGAUAGCACUGGUCUAAAUAAUGGCCGAUUGAAAAAAUUUACACGUUAAGUCGCCUUCGUCUAAGCGCCAGGGACAUAAGCACCGAGCACGCAACGGUCUUACCUUAGAGCUCCCCCUGCUGGAGAGCUGCUGCAUGCGUGGUUUUGGCCGUCGCCUUAAAACCAGACAAACAAAUUCAGACCCAAGAAACAAGGUUAGGCGAGUUUACUGUUGAUCAGUUAAGCACUGAGUGACAGUAAAGCCCAGCAGACCCUGUGGCCCUCCUGGACUGGGGCGGGGGAUCCCAGCAGACACUGUGGCCCUCCUGGACCGGGGCGGGGGAUCCCAGCAGACCCCACAGAGUCGAGGGCCCUCUGAAGGACCCUCAUUCUCUUAGGUGUAAUCCCAGUAAAGCCGGGAUCAUAAAAUCUGGCCCUCAAAUCCAAAAUCCAGCCAAGGUGUUCUGCCAGGUAAUUAUUGCUACAUCUUGGCCAGACUCACACCUGACUCCCAGGCAAAGGGAGGGUGGAAAGCCAGCAGUCCUUGGGGCUGAAGGACCAUGAGUUGCUGAUCCCUGCAGAAAAGGGUGGGCCGGCUCAACUCGUGCAGCGUAAAAUGUAUGAGUUGAGCGUCUUUUCACUCGGCUGGUUGUCUUUGAUUUUGUUGGACACUCCCUUGGGCAGAAACCUGGAUUUCUAACCUCAGGCCCCAUAGGGCCUCCCUGUCUGUUCGGCGUGUUUCUGUAGUUUAUGUGCAAGUCAAUGAUAGGCUACAGUCCGCACACCUUUACCAAUGAUGGGGGGAAAGGCUUUGUGAAUCCCACAAAUGGGCAGGGCUACAAUUAGUUGACAGUCACUUGCUUUUCUGAACACAGCAAAAUCAUUGGUUCAAAUUGUAGAGUAAUUUCUAGCAGCUGAUGGAAGUCACACUCUUCCAUCACUGCUUCCAAGGCCCAUGUUGCCUGCUGAUUUUAACAUGCAGGCACAGUGCCCCCUCCAGGACUGGAGUUAAACCUGCAGGCACAGCGCCCCCUCCAGGACUGGAGUUAAACCUGCAGGCACAGUGCCCCCUCCAGGACUGGAGGGUUUGAGAUCUUUGUUCCACAACGAGGUCCCACUUCAGAAAGAUAAUUUUUAAAAGUACUUGUCCAGUGUUUGUAGGAUCAUACAUACACUUCAUAACAGGGGUAGUAAACGCACACUACAGAACACCACUCCUGUAGUACAAGUGGAAACUGUAUUAAAUCUUUUAUUUGUUUAAAAUUAACACACUAUUUUCCCUUUUCCCGUCCGAUGAUGGCUGGGUCUUAAAAUAUUUAACAUUUUUAUUUGAUGGGAAUAAUUUUUCAUGAAAUCUGUAUAGUUUUUUUGUUUUUUUCCCCUCCACCCCAUGAGUGUGUUCAAGCUGGUGUGAAAAAUGUAUCAGAAUUGAAAUGGCCUUUAUUUCCUUUUCCUGUCCGCAGCCCAAAACUGCGUCAUCAUGGUUUUGCUGAAUCAUGCGGUGUCUGCAGUCUGUUGCUCUUCAUCACGCUUCUUUAAAAACCAAAAAUGUUAAAUGUUAGUGGUGGCAUGCCUCGUCUUCAGUUCUUCAUUUCAAGGACAGGUCCUGGACAGUUGGGAGUGAUGUGAACAUGACCGCGCAUAAAUAAAAGAUUUAAAAUAGA